AAAUCCCAAAAGUGAAGAGAGGCGAGAGGUGGCGAUGGAAACAAGGUGGGAGUGUGGAUGUGGCCUGAAAUAAAUCGCCAAAGGGGGCAAUGCUCAAACUUAAACAGCUCGAACACGCAGUGUAGCUAUUCUUUGUUAUAUUUCCUCAAAUUCUCCGCCCAUUCAUUUUAGUUUCCUUUGCUCUUCUAUAAAUUCCUUCUUUUAAUUCGCUACCCCUUUUACCCAUCCUCUUUUCUCUGUUCUCUUCUUGCUAAAAGAAAGAGAAAGAAAUGGCUACAACUUUCCAGGGGUUAGGAGCUUUUACGGCUUUGACGCCAUCCAAUUCCAUAGAUUCCAACAAAUUUAAACUCCUCUCUCGCAGAUCCCUCUCUGAGAGGAAAGCGAGCCUCUUAGUAAUCAGAUCUGACGGUAGCAACAACGUCAACUUGGGUUCUAAUUCAAGAGGUCGCAGGGCUGAGCACUUGAUUACCAAUGCUGUUGCAACAAAAGCUGAUGCUUCUGCAGCUUCGUCUGCAUCUAAACCCGGACAUGAACUUCUACUGUUCGAGGCCUUAAGGGAAGGCUUGGAAGAAGAAAUGGACAGAGAUCCUACUGUUUGUGUUAUGGGUGAAGAUGUUGGUCAUUAUGGAGGUUCUUACAAGGUGACAAAAGGUCUGGCUACAAAAUUUGGAGAUCUCAGAGUUCUUGACACCCCUAUUGCUGAGAACUCCUUCACUGGUAUGGGCAUUGGAGCUGCCAUGACUGGCUUGAGGCCAGUUGUUGAGGGUAUGAACAUGGGAUUUCUCCUUCUAGCUUUCAAUCAGAUCUCAAACAAUUGCGGUAUGCUCCAUUACACAUCAGGUGGCCAGUUUAAAAUACCCAUAGUUAUUCGUGGACCUGGUGGAGUCGGCCGGCAACUUGGGGCUGAGCAUUCACAACGCCUUGAAUCAUAUUUUCAGUCAAUUCCUGGAAUCCAAAUGGUUGCAUGCUCGACUCCUUAUAAUGCCAAGGGCUUGAUGAAAGCUGCAAUCCGAAGCGAGAACCCAGUGAUACUUUUUGAGCAUGUUUUGCUGUACAACCUUAAGGAGCGAAUCCCUGAUGAGGAUUACAUAUGUAAUCUUGAGGAAGCUGAGAUGGUUAGACCUGGAGAGCAUGUCACCAUUUUAACCUACUCGCGUAUGAGAUAUCAUGUAAUGCAGGCUGCCAAAACUUUAGUGAACAAGGGUUAUGAUCCUGAAGUGAUUGAUAUCAGAUCAUUGAAACCAUUUGAUCUGCACACAAUUGGAAAUUCAGUGAAGAAGACGCACCGUGUGCUGAUUGUUGAGGAGUGCAUGAGGACUGGUGGAAUUGGUGCUAGUUUGACUGCAGCAAUCACUGAAAAUUUCAAUGACUAUUUGGAUGCUCCUAUUGUUUGCUUGUCUUCACAGGAUGUGCCAACCCCCUAUGCUGGGACAUUGGAGGAAUGGACCGUGGUUCAACCUGCACAGAUUGUGACAGCAGUUGAGCAGCUGUGCCAGUAAUUACAGUGACACGAAUAGUCAUCAUCUUUUGUGGUAGAGUUCUCUUGUUCCUCCUCUAUGAAAUACUUUUCUUUUCAGCUUUGGUUAAAGUCGUUCUUUAAUUUCACAUUUGGUUAACAAUUUUGCGUCAUUUGAAACAUGCAAUCAUCGAUCAAGUUGAGGGUUUGUUGUUCUUAUUUAUCUUUGCAGUAAGUUAAUAUCGUGUAAUGGUUUAUCGGUAGAUAUGUGGAAUUAUCAUCUGUACCAUCAGGUUUGUCUAUUGGGAUAAGAUGAUGUAACUGUAGCCUAAUUUGUAUUGGAAACUGUUAGAAGCAGAAAUCAUCGCAGUUACCCGUGGUUAAAUAACUAGAAAGGGACUUCUUUUUGCUCA